GUUAAUCUUGAUGCUCCUUUUCCUUAACCCCGAGCUCAUAAGUGAACUGUCUGGUAUCCCCGCAGAUCUUCCGUUUGGAAUUAGUGCUAGCGGAGAUAAGAUGUUGAGCAGAAAAAUGAGCGACCAAUACCAAUAAAUUGGCCAAUCCUCCUUAUGCGCUCACGAGUAGCGCAUGGAAAAGCCACUGCGAGAUAGAGAGUAGAGAGUCGCGCGCACCUUCUUCCAAACGCUGGCUCAUCUAACUCACCUUCACCUAUCUCGAAUAGUAUCCAUCAUUUUCCUAUCAGUAUUUGUUUGCACAGGAGCGACGCCACUCACCUUCCCUUACUUUUGCCUUAACGGUCGGGAAAUUAUUUGGAUCACUUGCUGCUAUCACCCGGG